CGUUCAGAAUAGCAACAUUGGGAUGAUGUUGGCUUUAAAUUAUUAAUGUUUAUUAAAACAUAUUAAUUGGUAUUUAUUAUCGUAACGUUUUUAUCGUUUAUUUUGUUCUUAUGUUAUAACCACAGGGCAGUACGGUAUGAUUUAUUGAUCGCUAAGUGUUCUAACUCAUGAUUCACAGCAACUGACGAACUUCAGAUCGAUCAAAAACAUCAGACAUAAAGUUAAAGAUGCUGGCAUGACAUCACCUCACUACGACUGGACUGCGUACCGUCAGAUUGUAGUUGUUGACACAUCUGGAGGUGUAAUGGGUUCAGGGGAGAUGCAACAAGUCCCGUAUGGAUCUGUGGAUCGAGACAAGCCUCUCAUACGACUGCCUUUCACUUGGUUAACUAUGAUGGCAUUAUGUCUGCCUCUGAUCGGCUUCAUCACCUGUGUCGUACUAUCAGUGCUCAACCAUUUUAAUGCUGCUACAUACACACACUGCGAAGUUGCCAACUACCUACCAUCCAUCAGUGCAGCCAUCAGUCUAACACCAGAGCGAUACAUCUGGCGUUUCAGCAUCGGUUUGCAUUCAGCCCCACGGUUCCUGAUGUCAGCGACAUACCUGAGCUUUUACCUUGGUAGAUUCUCCAGGAGGCGGACGGAGAAACUGCUGAGUGUCCUUACAUUCGUCUUAGCUGUCAGUGAAAAUUCUGGGCUGCUUCUGCUCACAUACGUCUCCUCCACUGAGACUUACAGUAUCCAUAAGAACGGCUUUAUCUUAUUUAUCGGGAGCUCUUUUUUCCACAUGAUCUGCACCUGCUGGUUGUGGUCCGUGAUCGCGAGGCAUUCACUUAGUUCCGAGGAGAUGAGGUCAUACCGGUAUAAGCGCCGCCUCUUCCUCUUCAACAGUUGUUUCUGUCUGCUGGCUUUCUACUUCUUCAAACGCCACAACACUUAUUGUGAAGCGGGAAUUUAUACCCUCUUUGCUCUGUGCGAGUAUCUGGUGGUGGUCUCCAACAUGGCCUUUCACGUGACUGCCUACUGGGAUUUUGGAGGUAAGGAGGUGAUGAUUGCAACACCUCCAGAGGCAAAAUACUUCUGACAUGAGAUGUGAAUACUUGAAAUAUCCCUGAAACACAACGUUUCAUGAUGAAGAGGAUUUGGGGCCAUGACUGAUCCAUCAAAGCAUGUAUGUGUAAGACACAGAAACUGCAAGAUGGUUUACAUAUUUUGCUUGAUUAUUAUUAUUAUUACAGGUGUUUAAUAAGAUCAUGCUCAGUGAUUCAAUGUAUUUUUAAUAAUUAUUUAAAUAGAUGAUUUUUAUUAAGGAAACUCAUUGGUGUAUUUGGUCUGCUAAUUUCAUCUGCAAAAUGUACUUUAUAUAUUUUAUCUGCUGUUUGUUCGAAUAAAGUGCCAUUUCUGUGUCUUACAAGUUUGAUAUUUGCAGAUUUUAUAUUUGUUGAACAAUCGCAAAUGUAAACUAAAUGAUACUGUAGGGUCAUCUCAUUCGGUUUGCAUCCACUGUUGCAAUGAGAGCUGCUUGUGCAUCAGCAAACCUUUGACAUAGUAUAUACAUGCUGACCGUUCAUAGUACACAGUUCAUUCACACCAGACAUUUCUUUCUUCCUUUGCAAGCGCGAGUGUAAAUCAUGUGAAAUGUUUUUUUUUUUUUUCACUUCCUUUUGCACAGCACUUGACAUAUAUCUUUUAAUGGCUGAAGAGCAUUGGUAAGCUUGUAUUUAUUUAUAAGGUUAAACUGCGUUCGUCACGACACCUCAGUUGCCAUUUUUGUACGCAAGGACUAGUACACCACAAUGUGACACGUGUUUUACAGAUUUGAGGCGUUUUUUGUCAGGCUUUCAUGUUCAGCAUGAUGUUGUGAACAUAUAGCUGCAUAUAAUAAUGUUCGAUGUACCAAAGUCUUGUUUUUUACAUUGGUGUCAAAUAAAUAUUUUGUUGGAGUAA